UUAAGAUAUUCUCAGAUUUAAGAUCUGCAGCGAAGGAAAUCUUUCUCCGGAUGCAGGAACCAAAUGAUAUGCGUUCGCUUGAGGAAAAAUCAGCGAAAUUUCAGUUAUCCUUGAGACAAGCGGAAAAGAUGUUCGAAGAUCAGGAUUAUCAUGUCCGACGUCUGUUGGACAGGAUCUGUGUUCUGGAAGCAGCUCUUAAUGUUAGCCAGGAUAAAAUAAUUCAAAUGGAACCGGGCUUUUAUGAAGAGCGAAUGAGGGAAUGUGAAAUGUUAAAAUCUCGAAUAUCCACAGACCAUUCUAGGGAACUUCUGCCGAUAGCAAAAUCAUUAGAAGACAUGAGAAAGAUCUGUGAGAAAAACGAGGAAACUUUUGUGAAGGAAUUGGACCUCCUACAACAAUCAUUAGAAGAUAUGAGAAAUAAAUGUGUGAAAAACGAAGACACUUUUGUGAAGGAAAUGGACCUUCUACAACAAGAGAUAGCACGCAGAGAAGAAGAUAUUAAACAACUAAAUUUGUCAUUACAGUCCGUGGAGUCUUGCAGUAAAGAGGACAGAAACAAAUGGCAACGACAAAUUGAAACACAAGAAGAACACAUUUUCAUCCUGAAGAAGAAGAAAAAAAUACUGCAAAACAGAGUGAACACAUUGAAAGACAUUGUCGAGGUACUGAGACGUAAGUCUGCUGUGACCUUAGGAGUUAGAAGUGAACCCAGUCACCAACUUGAGCAGAUGAUUGAAAAAGAAGCGCAAUUGGAACAAGAAUAUGAAGAGACUCAAAAAGAUCUUAAUAACCAUGACAAGCUGUUGAGCGGUCAUCAGGUGAAUAUGACGGACUCUCCAACAACCAGAGGACUCUCUACUUUGUCAACAGACAACUUUGAAAACGACGAUGUUACGCUUCGUAAACACAUUGAAAACGCAGAGAAAAAGAAAACACCCUUAAAAGAUGCUGUAUAUGAAUCAGUGGAUUAUGAAUCUAAAAAGGAUGAUCCACCUCAAAUUCCGCCCAGACGGUAUAAAAAAGCCAAUGUUUCACUGAACGACAAAUCAGAUAUUCCUCUAUCUGCUUUUAUUUAA